AUCAAAUUUUUCCUGAAAUUCGAAACGAAUUCCACUUCGCCUGCAAAAAGUGUAUCUGCAGAGAGCUCCGCUAUUUCUGACAGUUCUCUGACAGUUCCUUCACAUUUACAGCGGUUGAAACAUUGUAUCUGUUUCCGAAUAAAAACAUCUGUAUCCUAAAUGGAAACAAAUAGAUACAAUGUUUCAACCGCUGUACAUGUGAAGGAACUGUCAGAGAACUGUCAGAAAUAGCGGAGCUCUCUGCAGUGACACUUUUUGCCGGCUGAUCGGGGAAAAUUCGAUUCGUGCAUCCGAAGUUUGCUAAAAUUCGGAUUC